AGGACGACGCCAUUUUUUUGUUGUAGUAAAUAGACGGCUUGUACGCCAGUUCUAGAUCUAGCUUGAAUCUGAAUUACAUUUAUUUCAAUAAUAUUUAGAUAAUGUGAUGUGCAUGUACAGUCGAAAAGUGAAUUUAGGUAGCUGAAAAUCAAAUAAUCAAAUCCAAUGUCUAAACUUUUGUCAAGUUUACUAACAAAGAUGUUUUUUGUGAACGGUCAUUUACUUAGCUGUUUUUAAAAUUAGGUCUUCUGAGGGUGUUGGCCUCUCUCUUCAUCAGGUUAGAAACAAAGCUGGGGGUCUCUUUUCAAAUUACACAAUAAAAUAAGGACUCAAUAUUCAAGAUGGCCGCCGAUCAUUUUUGCCUACGAUGGAACAACUAUCAGAGCAACAUGGUGACGGAACUGGAUACUCUGAGGAGUGAGGAGCAUCUAGUGGAUGUCACUCUAUCCUGUGAAGGACAGAAGUUCAGAGCCCACAAAGUUAUUCUGUCUGCUUGCAGCGUCUACUUCAGGAAUGUGUUCAAAGAAAACCCUUGCGAGCAUCCAGUCGUGAUACUUAAGGACGUCUCACACGAGGACGUGGAGGCGCUACUGAGUUUUGUCUACCAGGGCGUCGUUUAUGUCUCGGAGAAGAAGUUGGCCUCUUUCCUUCAAACUGCCGAGCUGUUGCAGAUCAAAGGGCUAACGGGAGCCGCGUCCAGUAUCAAAGAGAACCAUAACACCGACAAAGGCGGCCCCCCACCGCUGAAUCCAACAUGGCCGUCGAACAAAUCGUCCGCAAAGUCGUCGUGUUCGCCGACACCGCCCAAGCGGAAGAAGGGCACGCCGGUGCGCAUCUGCAAGACCAGUGACGGUGGAGGAGGAGGGGACACAUCGGACACUAACAGCAACAAUGCAGUGGGUGAGGAGGAGGGGGAGAUAGCUGUCAAACAGGAGCGCAUGGAGGAAGGCGAGACGCUUAGCGUACAGGUAUCCUUAGGCGCAGACGACGACACAUCACACGAUGGAAGCAGUAUGAUGAUGGCGAUGUACCACGAUGUGGGUGGAGGGGGUGACUCGAACUCGGCCAGCGUGGGAGGAGGGGAGGGCGAGGAGGAUUGUGGUGGGGAGGAGGAGGAAGAUGACGGGGAGGUGAAAGGCGCGGGAGGGGAAAUGAGUGAUACGACGGCAACACUGCUGGAGCGCUCUCUGUCGGGGGCCAGUGUGUCUAGGCAACAGUUCGAUAUGCAAGGACCCUUCUCAGCCUUCCCGAUACCAGCCCCUGGCCAAGGACUUCCCGACCAACUUACACCCUCUGAUCGACUGGGCCGGCGACCUUGCCCCCUGUGCCCCAAGGUCAUCUCGAACAAGUCCAAUCUGCUGAAGCACAUGCGCAUUAGACACAGCGACGAGUACAAUCCGGCCGCCUGUGUGCUCUGCAACAAACUGUUCAAGAACAAGUACAGUCUGCGCGCGCACUUCAACAUCUAUCACAAAACUAUGCUGCCGCUGUCUAAGAACUGCACGCUGCCUAGGUGAUUGUCACCAUUAGGAGAUUCGGACGGUCUUUCAAUCAUCUAAGGAUUCAAUCUUCCGAUCCAUGCUAGCUCAACAAAACUUUAAUCAACACAUUUCCAAGAGAAAUUGCUUCAAAUCUGCUUAUCUUUACUUAUCUAUAUCUAUCUUAUCAUCAACCUGUACUUCAAGUAACUUCUUUUGAGUUUCUUGUUCAUGAGAAUCUUCUUAGUCGUAGACUACUCUUAAGAUAUUGGAAUGAAUUUUCAUUCCAUGGAUCUUUUGAUAAUAGUAAACAUCACAUCUUACAUUUACCAUACAAUGGCUUCUGAUAUUAGCAUUAUUUGCUGUAAUGAGUUUUCAUUCCAUGGAUCUAUGAAUAAUAGUAAACAUCACAUUUUGCAUUUACCAUACAAUGGCUUCUGAUAUUAGCAUUAUUUGCUGUAAUGAAUUUUCAUUCCAUGAAUCUUUUGAUAAUAGUAUACAUCACAUUUUACAUUUACCAUACAAUGGCUUCUGAUAUUAGCAUUAUUUGCUGUAAUGAAUUUUCAUUCCAUGGAUCUUUUGAUAAUAGUAAACAUCACAUUUUACAUUUACCAUACAAUGGCUUCUGAUAUUAGCAUUAUUUGCGUUCUGUAUAUAACACCUGUAUACUGAUACAUCACAUUCUGUUAAUUUAUACAUUUAGGUGAUUCAUUAUUUAUACAUUAAUGAAGUGAUACAUCACAUCGUAAUAUAUAUUUGUUCAAUAUAGUUAUUGAUACAUCAAAUAUCUUGUAUCAAACAUGUAAUAAUUGAUAGGUACUUUAAUUAGUACACUUUUUCUAUGUAUUUAAACACGACAUGCAGUUAAAUGAUUGAAGAGUUCCAUUCAAAAACCUGCUAAGUCGAAAACAUAAUUUGUUGGCAAAUUGGGAAAAACUGUUGCUGAAUCACUGUAUGCUCUGUGCCAAUGAAUUCUCGCUGGAAGUUAAUUCAUCAUUAGAAGAUCAAUAUGUAUUAUUUUCAAAGUUUUUAUUCAAUUCAUCUAACCAUUUUUUCUAGAAAUAAAACUGCGCAUGAGCAGAAACAUGAUAGCCUUCCCAUUGAUAGCUCUUACUUGAAAUUGAAGGCCGCCAUUGGGGUAUUUUAGCACGAGAUAUUAUACAUAAUAAUAUUUGUAAUAUUAUAGAUUACAAAGGCAUUGGUUUGAUGGUAUGUGAUAAUC